CAAUCGGAGCAAUUGGAGAACCGUAGAAAAUUGGGUUCGUCAAUUAAACGACACCGUUAGAGUCCGAACAGGUGUAUUAGGUAUUCUGGAACUGAACAACAGGGAUCAACAGCCAACGCAGAUAUAUCUGGCGGAAGGUGGAAUUCCAGUUCCCAGGUGGGUCUACAAAAUUGUUCACAGUAUCACAAAAAAAAAGAUGUACGUGAUUCUGACAUCCAAUAAUGGAUGGGAAACCGAAAGACCAGAUCCAUCAUCGGUCUGUCGAGAGGUUGAUUGCCCGGAAACCUUAAAGCUUAGAGGGUCAGGACAUACCUUCUGCUGUGAAGCGAAAGACUUCAUUGAAAGGAAUAUCGCAAGUCGGUAUGAUGAACUCUGAAAAUGAUCAACACGGAGAUAUUAAUUAACAUCGUUAUGAUGUAUUAAUAUUUUUUGUAAAAGUUUUCUAAUAUUCUAAUUAAGAUUUUUGGUUCAACUAACAAAGUUUUUGGUUUGAAAUAUUAUGAGCCAGCUGGAUUUUAAUAAUGGGCCUCAUGUCCUCUGUCCAGAUACUCUAACUCUGGCUGCCAUGUAACAAAUAACAAACAAAUGCCUAACAAAAAUCAACAUCAAACAGGUCAUUUAUAUGCAGACGUGCUGUCCGAUGCAGUUAAAAGUGACUGUAGAACGCAGUAGAGAGCAGCUAACGUGGGUUAGUGAGUGAGUAAUACCCAAGUGAAUGAAACGAAGAGUAAAGAGCAAAUAUUUGUCACAAAAGUGUAAAGAUUAUACUCCGCGAGGAGAGAUGAGAGCAGUGCAAUUUUAAUUUUUGAGAUGCUACGACUCUCUGGUAAUGCGUUUUUCUCAGCACUUCAGUGAAUUGAUUAAACAUUGAUAGUACAAUCAACAUUUUUAAACAGUCGCAUUAUCACUGAGAGCAAUACCUAAACAAAAUACUGAGCUACAUUUAAUACACUUUAACGCUAAUAUUAAUCACCUUACUAUUAGUCAUGGUGUGCGAUAAUUUUGCACGAGAUAAGAAAAUAACAAAGAAACGAUAUAGUCCAGUUCCUCGACUAUAAGAUACCCUUUUGUGGCUUAUCUAAUUUUCAAAUAAUCAUUUUGCUAGAAAAAAUCGAGUCAGUGAAAACAUGAGGAAAACAUGUUUAAUAACUGAUGAUAAACCUCACAGUUUUCCGCGGCUAUUGAUCCUUUUCAAGAAUAUCAAACUUUAUAGAGUCGGAAAAAAUUCCUUCUACAUUUCUACAUACUUUCCAGCGAAUACAAUACACCCUUUUCCUCUAGGAGUAACGGGAAUACAAAUUUAAAAGGUCAGUUAACUAGAAAUUAAUAAAAUUAAAGAACGAAAGUUGUAUAAAGAAUAUAUCGGAGAAGGGAUGCUUCUUCCAUAUUUUCGCGACAGCACAGUCGUCACGUACGAUCGUUUUGACUCAUCAAGCUCAACUGACUACAUCAUUCCCUCUCUUGUGUUAUAUGUACUUACUCGUAUGCCUCGGCUGCCGUGCUUUUCGCUCAAUAUCAUCUACCAAAAGAAAAGAGUGUAAUUCCCCGAAUUCAGAAUGCCACUGAAAAUGUUCUCGCCGACGAAUACUAUAGAAUACCUAAAGAGAUAACAAUUAUCGCUAUUAUUCAGUGCUUUCUGUGCAGGCGAACUUAUGUCUAGCCAGUUUUCUUCAAUUCCUCAGUUCCACUGCUUGUAUCAACCUGUGAAGAUGUGGAGGAAUAUAUUUUGGUUAGUCGUACUUGUCGCGCUGGAUGCCACAUUUUUCCUACAAUCGCCUGAUUCCACUUCCAAAUGUGGGGGUGGCAGCACUACGCCAUUCCUUAAGACUGUCGAUGAUCCAAAUUGUCCGCAUGUUAUGUACAUUGUUGGGUUAAUAGUGGGUGACAAGGAAAUUGAGAUUUUUCGAAGCUGCUACGACCCGAAAACAAUGACAGCUUAUUACUCCAUCAGUCCAUAUAUCCCAACCAAUUCAAGAGCCGAUCGUCCUCAGACGGAGUUCUUCCGUGAUGGGUUGAUUUCCGCUGCAGAUGCAGCCUCCUUCCAGCGGGCUAAUAUCUAUAAUCAGUUUGAAGCUCUUUUGGGGCCUGGUCAGCAGUAUAUACCUUCGCCCCAAAGCUCUUCAUUCGACAGAGGACACCUGACACCCUCCGCAGACUUCUCCGACCCUAGGGUUAUGGAGCAAACAAACAGGUACAUAAACGCUUUUCCCCAACACUACCGCAUCAAUCGAAGCAAUUGGAGGACCAUAGAAAAUUGGGUUCGUCAAUUCGAAGAUACCGUGAGCAUCCUUACCGGUGUAUUAGGUAUUCUGGAACUGAACAAUAUGGAUCAACAGCCGACUCCAAUUUACCUAGCAGAGGGCAAAAAUCCAGUUCCCAAAUGGGUCUACAAAAUUGUUCACAGCGAAAAACAGGAAAUGACGUACGUGAUUAUGACAUCCAAUAAUGGAUGGGCAACCGAAAGACCAGACGCAUCAGAGUUCUGUAAAGAGAUUCCCUGCCCUCCAUCUUUAAUCCUAAAGGGGUUCGGAUUCACCAUCUGCUGUGAGCCACAGGACUUUAUUGAUAGGAAUCUCCCAAACUAUUCGGAUAAAUUCGAAAAAUGAUAAUGAUAAUAGCAGUUGAUGAUAGCAUUGGCUUUUUUGGUUAAACUCACUUGGUUUUGGGAUAUUGUGCCAUAUCGGAAGAAUAAUUGUUUUAAAGUUAAAUGAAGAUAGAUUAAAUGUAUUUAAAAAAGUUGUACAGAAUUAAA